AUGUCAAGCAGCCUCACGGGAGAACUCUACACCAAGUUCAUAAUGAAUACCUCAAUCAAAGAGCUUCCCCCGACCCCUCCUCUAGAGCCAUCUGCCAAACGCGUGCGGCCACGCUUUCAUGACCUCCCCCUUCGAGAAGGCGACCCAAAGUGCUCAGCAUGGGGUUUAUGGGGAGAUAACGAUGAAAUUGGCACUCUGAACCUGAUUACGUCACAAGCAGUUGCGAUGGCCGCACAAGAGGCUUGUAGGGGUAUUGUUGUACCUCUAAGCCUGCCCUUGGAAGAGCCUAUUCUUCCCAUGAAUCCACGGAGAAGUCCAUGUUCGCACAAAAUCAUUGCAAAAGGAUAUGCCAACGACGAUGAGAUUCAUGUGAACACGCAGAGCUCAAGCCACUGGGAUGGACUUCGGCACUAUCCCUACCAGAUCGAGCAGCAGCAGAGAUUCUACAAUGGAGCUACUCAGGAAGACAUAUCUGGGCCGGAUAAGAACGCCAAGAUUGGCAUACAGAAUCUGGCUCGUCGCGGCAUUGUCGGGCGAGGUGUGCUCCUCGACUGGCGAGAAUAUGCAAAGCAAAACGGCAUCAACUAUUCGCCUUUUGAAACCCAUGCCAUACCGCUCGAGCAGCUACUCGAGGUGUCCCGGAUACAGAAUAUCACGUUCUGCGCUGGCGAUAUACUACUGAUCAGGACUGGCUGGACAGAAGAGUAUCGCAGGUUGGCCGGCGAGGAAAAGCUACAGCUGGCAACGAGGGAGGUGAGAAGUUUUGUAGGGGUCGAGGCAAGCGAAGAAAUGCUCAGGUGGCACUGGGACUCACAAUUUGCCGCGGUGGCCAGCGACACAAAUGCCUACGAGAGCUGGCCGCCAGCGAAACCUUGGGACGUUUCUUGCCACGAGGUGCUGCUCAGCGGAUGGGGAAUGCCCAUUGGCGAAGUUUGGGAUCUUGAAGAGCUUUCUGAGACAUGUCGUGCACUUGGAAAGUGGACAUUCUUGAUCACAAGCUCCCCUCUUAACCUCAAUGGAGGUGUAGCCAGCCCCAGCAAUGCUCUGGCAAUCUUUUAA